AUAUUCUUGUAAACACUAAAGUCUCACUCAAGGAGAUCAUUAUAUUUUUAUUGUGGAUAUAAUUCAAAUUAUUUCGAAUCACUAUCCACACAAAUAGUCAUGAAUAAUGACGUAGAAAAGUCAAACGAUGAUGUUCAGUUAUCAAUUGAUUUGGAUGGAAAUGAAAUGACUGGUAAAAAUGCCAUGUAUUUAGCACAUGAUUUAACACAAGAACAAAAACGUACUGCUGAUGUUUUAGGAGAGAAUGUAUCAAAUGGAAAUUGUGCUAAUAGUCGUAAUAUACAUUUUGUAGACUUACAAUUAUCUACACCAGUAUUACAUGGACUACACGAUGCUGGAUUUAUUCGACCAUCACCUAUACAAGUUAAAGCUAUUCCUUUAGGUCGAUUAGGUAUGGAUCUAAUUGUUCAGGCUAAAUCUGGUACCGGUAAAACGGUUGUUUUUGCUGUAGUUAUUUUGGAAGCAAUCAAUGUAAAACGACCUACUAUACAAGCAAUUGUUUUGUCACCAACUCGGGAAAUUGCAUUUCAAUCACAAAUGGUUAUUGAACGAUUAGCCAGUCAUAUACCAGGUUUAAAAUGUCAUCUAUUUGUCGGUGGCUUGCCCUUAGCUGAUGAUUUACGUCAUUUAUCCAACUGUCAUAUUGUUGUCGGUACACCAGGACGUGUUCGAUAUUUAUUGGAAGCUGGUUAUCUAUCUACUGAACAUGUAAGACAAUUUGUAUUAGAUGAAGCUGAUCUACUUCUAUCCGGUGGUACAGAUGCUAAAUUAACUGGUGGUAGUGCAAACAAUGCAUUUCCAGCUGAUAUUAAUUACAUUUGGUGGAGUUUACCACAAUCUAAACAAGUAUUAGCUUUGUCAGCUACCUAUACGGAUUAUUUAGUCAAUGAACAUCUUCCACGUUACAUGAAUGAUCCAGCAAUUAUACGAUUAGCUGUCAAAGAUCCAGCUUUAAUAGGUGUACGUCAAUUUUUCCAUCUUAUUCAACCAACAACACGUGCUCCUAUUUCAGUAUUUGAUGCUAAAAUAAAAUUUCUAUGCAAAUUACUCAAUGCUACUGAAUUUCAACAGUGUUUAAUUUUUUCAAACUUUCAUAAUAAUGCUCAAGAUUUAUGUGAUGCAUUGUGUUCACGUGGUUGGCCAGUUAGUUAUAUAUCUAGUAGUUUAGAACAACGCGAACGUUUUCGUGCAUUCAAUAAAUUGCGUACAUUCCAGUGUCGUGUACUUAUUACCACAGAUUUAACUUCGCGUGGGAUCGAUGCAGAAAAUGUCAAUCUUGUAAUCAGUCUAGAAGUUCCCUGGGAGCAUGAAACUUAUGUACACCGAGUGGGACGUGCUGGUAGAUUCGGAAGCUAUGGAGCUUCUGUAGUUAUUGUUUCAGAUGUAGGCGAUGAAUGUGAUCUAUUAAAAAAGUUACAAGCUAACUGUCCAACACAAAUUCGUGAAUUACCCGAUCCUAUACCAUCAGAUUUGGCAACACCGAAUUGUUCAAUUGAAUUGGAUAAUUUAGUGACAGUAACAAAUCGUAUGAAUAAUAUUCAGCCGCGUUCAGUUAUGAAGACGACUACACCAAAAAUUAAAAAAAAUCAAAUUAAUAAUACUAAUGAGAGUAAACUACACAAUAAUUCAAUUCAAUCAUCAAAUGAAUUAACAUCAUUAUUAUUUAAACAAAAUGAAGAGAAUAUGGAAAAGAAGAAAUUAAUUUCUACUAAUUUAUCAAAUUCAAAAAAGAAACAAAUGAAAUCUAUCACAAACAAUAAUCAUUAUCAAUCAAUAAAUGAUCAAAAUGCUUUAAUUGUACAGUUAUCAAAAUACAUGGAUAUAAUAGAAUCGGAAAUCGAUUCUGUAUCACCAUUGGGUACCACUAUAACUUGGGAAAAUAAAUCUGCACAGAAUGUGGAUGAAAUCGAAAAAAUUCUUCCAAAUUUACUCACUAGUUAUCAUAAAAAUGGUAUGCAGAAUUCAACUAAUUCAGAAAUUUCAAAAGAUGCAAACAGUGUUGAUAACCAGUUUAUUAAUAAUUCUAAAGCUAAUCAACAUCUUAAUCGUCAUGAUCAUCAUGAAAGCGAUAUUAGUUAUACUACUCCAGAUGACGAUAGUAAUCACGACGAUGCUGUGAACGAUAAGAAUAUCAAACCGAAAAACUUCACAUCAUAUUUUAAGAAGUAUUCUCCCACAACAAAUGAUAUUCACUGGACUUCUAGACAAAUUUCAGCUUGGUAUGAAUAUCAUAAAUUAGUAGAUUAUGCAAAUUAUUUUUAUAACGAAUGGUAUUCUGCUAUGAAAGAAUAUGAUCAAGCUGUGGCCCAUUUAAAUCAAUUGCGACAAUUGCAACAUUGUACAGAUUAACAAAGAGAAGCUUUCAAAUAAUUCCUUCCACUGAACAUUCAUUUUCAGUCCGAGACUAACUGUAUAUUUAUUCGGUUUGUUAGAAUCCUUCAACUGGUGAUGGGAAUACUUUGUAUAUUUUAUAUAUAUAUAUACAUAUAUAUAUAUAUAUAUAUAUAUAUAUAUAUAUAUAUAUAUAUAUAUAUAUAUAUAUGAUGAAAUAAAAUUUAAUGCUGAAAAUAAAUCAGUGUUCUUUCCAGUC